AGGUGUGACGCGAUAUGGACUCGUCGAAGACAAAAUUGUCUGCUUUUAGGCUUGGCACCCAACUCGAUCACACUUGUCUGUCCAGAUCGUCGUGGCACUGCUCGCUGCAAAUGUUGAGUUGGUUGGAUCCAAAGUCCUCGUCGUUGUGGGAAUCGACCUUCGCAUGGACACGCACCCGUCGAAGAACUCCAGUCACGAACCAUCGUAUGGGCGGCGGAUAAUACCUUGCAUCCCCCUUUCAUUCCACACCUCUUUUUUUUCUCCUUGGAAAGGGCGGAAGACGAAACACUUUAUAAACCGGAACAGUUUCCGGACAAGUAAUCAUCGAUCCGAGACUAUGGCUGCACACAGCGGUCCCUCCCCCUUCCUUCCCCGGCCCAUGUCCACCCAUCCAUCGUCGCCAUGGAGCUGCGCAACAUCUCAUCAUGCAGUUUCAUUCCAGCAACACCAUCGAUCGCGGCUGAAACCUGCAUCCCCUGAAAUCUUGUAUUAUUUUCCUUAAUUGGUCCCCUCUGACGCGUGUGGCUGAUGAAAGCCU